AUGGAAAACAAACAUCAGGCUAUUGACCGAGAGAACCAACCACCUCAACAUUGGAGAAGUUGCAAGUUGAUUAUAGAUCCAGUGUUAUCAAAUGGAUUUUUUAAAGUCUAUCGUUAUGAUGGGCAGCAUUUCAAUAUGCCUGUUCAAGACUUAGGAGUGUUUGCGGUGGACACAGUCAGAGACCCCAGAAUAUGCCGUCUUUGGACCAAAUACGAUGAGAUUGAUCUUUUAGUUCCUAAAUUUAAGGUUGAUGAAUGCUAUGUCGGCCCAAUUCCUCCCAAAGAAGUGACGUUUGCACGGUUAAAUGACAACGUCCGAGAGGGUUUCUUGACUGACUUAUGCAAGAAAUACGGACAGAUCGAAGAAGUGGACAUUUUAUACAAUCCUCAAAACAAAAAGCAUUUAGGAAUUGCCAAAGUCAUUUUUGACACAGUCAAGGCCGCCAAGGAAGCAGUGCAGCACCUUCAUGAGACAUCUGUCAUGGGGAACACCAUUCAUGUGGAGCUUGAUCCAAGAGGUGAUAACCGUUUGCGAUAUGUCCAUCUUCUUAUUAAUGGACACUACACUCCUCAGACUGUGCCAGUGGGAAUCAAUGACGUCACCCUCCAAUAUUUAACUGAUCGUUUUCUGGGCACCAAAACUACCCUGACACACAAUGAUCAAAUCUCCACAUUCACGGGGUGCAUUUCCAGUCCGACCAGCAUUGCGACGCCUCUCUCCCUGGACACAGCAUAUUCCAGUAUUUGGCAGGACACUCCAGGAAGUUUGGGGCAGACGCCCCAAUCUCAAGGCACCCCUCGCACGCCCUGCCUGUCUGGAACCCCUAUGUCUCAAGACUCCUGCUACUCCAGCCAGCAGACCACGCCCAUCCACCAAGCCAGCCAGGGGGACCACUCCUCCUACAGUGUUCACAGACGCUCCAGGAGCGACGGUCCGGGCGGGAGCCUUCGCCAGUCAGGACGCUACCAAGGGAGAUUCCACCGCAGCUCACAGCUGAGCUCCUUGUUCCAGCUACUCCACCCACCUCCUCCACUCCCCCUCCAGUCCCAGAUUCACGACUCCGCCGAUAGCCACAGGGCUUCCCUUCCGUGGUCUCAGAACACCCACCCAGGCAAAGAGGCCCUCUCUCUCUUCCCCCUUCCCCACCAGGAGUCCACGGUGGCACAUUCUCCCUACUCCAAGGCUCUCUCUCUGGGUGGCAGUUCUGCCCGUGUCUCAAGCAUCGCUCCCACACCUGUGGGUCAGAGGGCAAAAACGGCAACGCCGGAGCAUCAUAUCUGCAUGGCGGACUCUCCCCCCUCGCCUCCGGACACUUCCGGAACCCCAGCCCGGGAGACGCAGAGCCACAGCUUGGACACUCGCAUCGAGAUGCUCCUGAGGAAGAACCAGGGCUCCGGCGCCCCCCUCCCCGCCUCCCUCCUCGCCCCCCUCCUCUGCGACGGGGGUCUGAAGACGGCGGAACGUCUGCAGAAGAGCCCUGUUUCCCGUUCCUCAUCAAAGGUUCCUCACUUCUCUCUGGACGGCACCCCGGCGCUCAGCGGAUCUCGCUUCAACGGCAUCCCGCGCACCGCCGGCAACCUGGAAGACGGCAGUUCAACCCCCCUCCCCGGCGGGGAAGAGGAACAGCUCGCUGCUGUUGUGGAGCCCUUCACAGAGACCCCUCAGACCUCUGGAAACAUUCCUCUAACGUUAAAGAUUAGAGGCCACACAGACCAGAGCACCUCCGACCAAACGGAUGUGAAGACUAGACUCUUACCGACCUCUUGGACACAGGUCCUGCCUUCGUCAGAAGAAGACUUCCACAUCUCUGCACCUCAGCCUCCCACUUCAUACUUCAGUGGAAACCUUCCAAACCCUGUCUCUAACCCUAAGCCCUCAGCUUCGCCUGCGAAUGGUCGCACACGAAUAAUGCCCUUUAACCGCCCGGUUCAAAUCCCCCCCAGGAACCUUCAUCCUCCAAUCCCUCCUUCUAUCCUACCCUUUCCGGUCCCUCUCUCCAACGGCACCAUAGCUAUCCCCCCUCCUGGCUUUGUACCUGUGCCUGGUCAGGGCAUCCCACUACCUCCUCCCCCUCUCCCCCCACCUCCCGCUGUCCUCGGACCCCCUCCACCUUUAGUUGCCCCGCCCCCUAUCCCGCCCCUAGCGUACCCCUACCCAAUAAGCAAUCAGCAGUCGGACAAGAUUCUUUACCCACCUCAGAGAAACAUGCUCUUUCCUUUCAGUGCCCCCCCUUGGCCCCUUCCCCCCAUCCCAAGGUUUGACCCCUCCGUGCCCCCACCAGGUUACCUUCCUCCAAGGAAGGACCUGCACAAGGUCACUGUGGACAAAGUCAUUUCCGUCAUCAUCGACGAGCUAAAAUCCAUCACGAGGAAGGAUAUCACUCGCAAAAUGGUCGAAGGGGUGGCGUUCAGGGCGUUUGACGAGUGGUGGGAUGACCAGGAGCAUAAAGCGAAGACUGCUGUGAUGCCAGGGAAAGGAGAGGAGAGAGCGGAGGACAGGGCGCACCCUAGAGACCCUCUCAUGCUGAUCGCUGGCCUGUGUAAGACUGUCCAACUGCCUUCUUUCAAGGUGAAGAAGAAACGGCUCGGUGAUACUAGUGAGGAUCCCAAACCAGAGGUCGGCCUCUCUGCGCAUGAGGGGGAUGGACACGGGGUCACAGCCGAGGCGCAGGAGGGUGGCGUGGCGGGUCUCACCCCGGACCAGACCUCUCUCGCUGGGGGCGACAGUUCGGCCGUUAAGCGGAGACAUGCGAGGCCUCUUGAGCUCGACAGUGAGGGGGAGGAGGAGGAGGAGGAGGAAGAAGAGGAGGAGGAGGGUGCAGAACAAAAAGAGGAACAAAGUGAACAGAACGACUUCUGUCCCAACAGCCAGCGGUGUGAAGAGGGUGAUGAUGAGGAACAGAACGAGGAUAACAGACUGGAUGAUGAUGAAGUCGAGGCAACAGGAGAUGAACUUUCCACAGAGGAGUACAGCGAUGAAUCCCCAGACUCCACCUAUGGAGAGGAAGAGGAGGACGAGGAGGAGGAGGGCUCACAGGAGGGGGCUUGGGAACACAGCAGAGUGGAGUCCCCCCUUACCCCGGGCACAGAGCUGGAGGUGGAGCUGGCCCUGCUGGGGGGAUCCCAUGAGGGUCUGGAGAGAGAUCUGGGGGAAGCCUUGUUGGGUUACACCAACAGCCUCUUUAUACCAGACCCAGUAUCCCAGCAUCUACUUAGUGAACACCAGCACCCACUUCAGGCACCUUCUCCUAUAGGACUCCCAGUGGUGUGUUCUGACUUUGAGGUCGAGACUGACAGUCCUGAGUGGGAGAUGGACUCACCAGAGACCCAGAGGCCGCUCACCCCCACGGGCUCCCUGGUGGACAGUGACCCUGACGUGCUCUUCAAGAGCAAGCCGACCCCCCCUGCUGUGGUAGAGGUGGAACUGCCACAAACGCCUGGUCAGGGCGUGGCUUCCUCCCUGGACAGUGAGGAAGACUUGAUGGACCAGCUCCUGUAUCUGUCAAACACUGAUCCCAAAGAGCGUGCUCUCACGGUUUCGUACGCGCCCGGCGAGGACAUUCCCAGGACGCCGGGCGCUGAGGAGAGGAGCGUCUGGACUCCGCACAACUCCAGUCGCGUUCCAAAGACACCUGGCAGGGAGACCACCCCUUCAGAGGGGAGUCUGGUGAUGAGCCCGCCUCCACCUCUUCCGCGGAGCCCCUUCCACCUCCCCUCUCUGUCCUCCAACCUGUACACCCCCCGCACGCCCGGCAGGGACAUCACCCCUCCCAGGAGGCUGCACAGACAUCUCCGCGCCCUGGGUAGAAGGACGGCGGGCCCCUCACCUCGCUCACACGCCCCUGCUCUGUCAUCCUUGGUGUAUGACGAGCGGCUGACAGCAUCCUCCGUCGUUUCGCCCCCUCCCUGCAGCCUGUCCUCAGCGGAGUCUCCUGCUUCUGGGGACGUGUGGCCCGGUCCCCGGCCCCGGGGCCAGACCCCCCUGCAGGGCCUGGAGAACCGGCCCGGCCUGGUGGACGACAGAGAGAGGGGGAAGCUGUUCUGGAGGAGAGUACGGCAGAGGAGGAGACGGAAGAGGAGGAGGUGGAGGAGGGUGCAGCCCCGGGAAAGGACGUGGUCGGCGCCGAGAGCGACUCCCUCGCUCUGUCCCGGUCUCUACCCUCACCGUCGCUCUCCCGGCGGAGAGAGGGAGGUCCUCCACAGGGUCUGGAAGGAAGGCUUGGACGAGGAGGACUGCAGGCUCCUGCAGGCUACCUAUGAGAGGAGGCUGCAGCAUGACAACGUCCGCUGGCUCACUGACGCCCACUGGGUCCCUCACCCUCAUAUCCUUCAGUCACAAAGCCAUUAUGACUCUCAAACUUUCGUUUCCCUUAGCAACUCUCCACUCACCAGAGUCCUGACAGAGGACGUUGAGGAGGGCUGUGAUUGGCUGCGGAACCACGUGACCGGCUCGGCCCGCAGCGAGGGAUUCUACAAAAUCGACAAGAAGGACAAGAUCAACUAUCUCAACAGCACACGUCUGGACACGCCCUCUCGCCCGACAAAUACUCAGGGCGGGAGCCUCCCAGCCCAGCCACAGGCCUUGCUGCGCUCGGGGUCAGAGUUCAGGGCGGAACAGCGCCGCCUGCUGGCCUCCUUCAGCUGCGACAGCGACCUGGUCAAGUUCAACCAGCUCAAGUUCCGCAAGAAGAAGAUCCGAUUCUGCCGCAGCCACAUCCACGACUGGGGGCUGUUUGCCCAGGAGCCCAUAGCUGCAGAUGAGAUGGUGAUCGAGUACGUGGGCCAGACCAUCAGACAGCUGAUAGCGGACAUGAGGGAGAAGCGCUACGAGGACCAGGGCAUCGGGAGCAGCUAUCUGUUCAGGGUGGACGAGGAGUACAUCUUAGACGCUACCAAGUGUGGGAAUCUCGCCAGGUUUAUUAACCACAGCUGCAAUCCAAACUGCUAUGCAAAGAUCAUCACAGUGGACUCGCAGAAGAAGAUUGUGAUCUACUCCCGGCAGCCUAUCAGCGUCAACGAGGAGAUCACCUACGAUUACAAAUUCCCCAUCGAGGAUGAGAAGAUCCCAUGUCUGUGUGAAGCAGACAACUGCAGAGGAUCCCUCAACUGACAUGUGGUCUGAGCACCCACCCCUGGUGCUGAUUGGUCUGACCAUCAUGGGCUGAUGUCCAGCUGAUGUGGGCAAACCCACAAGCCUGUGCCUCAGUCCUGAAGAGAAACCUGUGUAUCUGGACCAUGUUUUCAUUCAUGAGAACUAAUGACAAUGCAUUCAACUUGUAUCAAGUAUUUUAACUGAUUAUUUUGGUAAUUUGGUGCAAUGACAGUGUAUGUAGACUAAUGAUUGUACCUCUGUUUAUAAUAUACAUAAAGAUCUCUUUUUACAAAGUAAGGAGACUCCAGGUCACAUUACCCCUGUUAUAUUUAUAACUUCUAGUUCUCUUUUGUCUCUGUUUUGUUUUUUAAACGAGUCACAAUCCAGUAAUAUAUUUUAUUACAUGCACUUAGAAUGAAAGCACUUCAGUAUAGAAAGCACAUUUGAAAGAGUACAAAAGCAAUUAGGGUAAGAAACAAUUCAUGUUUGGACUUUUUUUGUGGUUAAUGCAACAAUUAAAUCAC